AUGGAUACCUCACGUACCCGAAGUCAAGGGCUUGUGACCUAUGGCACCACGGUCCAAGGUCAACGUUCAAAUUCCAACACAGCUGCACAUUCAUCGUCCACCAAAAAUGCCCCCCAAAAGGCGACAUCGUCAAGCUCAUCGCAUUUCUCCCGGCAACCCAUCUCUACAUUGCAGAAUAACAAUGAGAAUGGUCAACCUCCCGGAUCUGUCGGCACAACCGCAGCACGCAUUAUUGCGCCAAAACCAGCCACUAUGGACUCAAAUGUGUAUGAUCUACCUUCAUCAGGUGAUGAGAGACCCACCGUUCGGCGAAAGCGAAGGCGACCUAGCCAUGAUACAAACCAGCGUAGUCCCGUGACUAAGCGAGCUGUGAGACCCAGAGAUACGCCUAGCUUGAAAUCGCAUGAGAUGGAUGACAGGAAUGUUGCCAUGUCCUCAAACGUAGAGAAGCAUGCACCUAUUGAUGCGGUGCCAUUGGGUACAACACAGGGGACUGACUCGCAAUCGAGCCUUGCGAGAUCACCACCUUUAAGAGCUGGCAGGUCUGUGCCAAUCAAGACUGGUAAAUUAUCCGCUUUUGCCCCUGUGUCGAGGGCCUCAACCGAAGAGAGCAUCGGGGUCUCCGAACCGGAGCAAAAAAGCCCACCAAACACCAACCAGCGCUACACGACUGCGGAGAACACCACCCCUGGCCGAAAAAGACUGAUUGACUCUCUGGGAACUACCAUUGAAACAUUACCAAGGAGUCCUGCUGCGAGUCAGCAGCCCCAAAAUCCAAUCGUUCGUAGCCCGGCCUCGCCAAGUCUACUUAUGGACGAGGGCCAAACUGAAAACCCCAUUCAAGGCUCUCCUGUCUCGGCCUCAUCUCAUUUGCGAAGCGCUGGGGUCACUUAUGCCCGUCAACGCUCAUUUCUCGAUGACCUGUCCAUGGCAGAUGAUCUUGCGCAAUCAGAAAUCUCUGGUCCGAAGCAUCGCUCCCAGUCGGUACAGCGUCAACUGAAUUAUGAAGCUACAUCCAAUGCCCGAUCGAUUGUGCCGAAUGAGGAUACGAACGAUGAUGGCUCUGUUCGAAGUAUUCAUGAGCUCCGCCAAGCUGGGGGAAAUGCUCGCUACCGUGGCGCCAUUGAAUCUAUUUUUGAAGAUAUCGAAGAUGUGCAAAACUCACCAUCAGGUCGAUGCAAUGCUUUUCUUCAACUCUGUGGCAAAUUAUUGGAUACUAAACUCAAACGCCAAUUUGUUGAGUGCAAUUUCGACAGAAGACUUGUCGACUGUUUAUCCAUCGAUGUUCAGACGGUUCCUACCAUUUUGGCAUUUUGUGCCUACGCACUAGCAUCAUCUGACGGACACAUGUCCUAUGUUCUUGCAACGUCGGCAUGGCCGAAGCUUUUAGAGUUGUCUCCCAUGUUGCUGGACACUCCAGAUGAUAUAUCAGAGGUGGCAAAAUCUCAAGUCCAUAGCCUCACUCGGCCUUUGCAAAAGACGAUCCAGAACAUUGUCCCACGGAUAUCUGACCUGCUGUUUCCAGAAACGGCGAUAUCAAAACUUUCACCAUGCGCCCUGGCGUUGUAUUGCUUGAAAGCGACCAUCCCCACAAUACAAACCAAAGGGCAGAGCCCCAGCGGUAUCUCAACCCCUCUUUUCAAGACUUUAAUGCAAAUACUGCUGUCUGAGAGCAACUGCUGUGUUUCCCAGAAAGAACUGCCCGCAUAUAGUUCACAAGUAUUGUGCAUGGUCUUUUCGAUAUUGGAGGCAUUUACUGCAUCGGCUGAGUCUCUCAAAAACGAGCAUCGUGAUAUCAUCAAACCGCUUUCUACACUCCACGGCUUGUUUUAUUUGAAGAGUGACCGCGCAGACGUUGUCAGCCAACAGAUACAACCUUUGUUUAUUCGGGUGAUUUUGAACGUCACAAACAGCAACCCGGUCAUUUGUGACCAAUUUGCAAAUCGGGAAAUGGUCGGAGGGCUAGUUCAUAUGGUCUGCGCCCACUUCGGUGAUUUGACCGAAGAUGCGCUUGGUCAGGAGAACAAUUCGCUGGAUAGCGUGAUAUUGGCACUUGGCGCUCUCAUCAAUCUCACCGAACAGAGCGAAUCCUCGAGGUCGAUAUUCCUGCACUCUCCAGGCUCUACCAAGUCUUUCCUUGACGGUCUCUUGCAUUUGUUUACGACUUAUGUCGACUCCAUCUCCACAGCUCAUUCCGUCUUGGAGGUACAUCACAAUGUUGCUGUGGGAUAUCUCGCCGUUCUUUUACUAACACUGUCCUUGGAUGAUGCGAUUCGGUCCAAAAUCAAGAAUUCAUUUGUUCCCAACGGGCUGGCAACGGUAAUAUCGACUGUGGACGAAUUCCUGCAAUACCACCAGAAGAUUGAACAAGAAGUUUAUCCAUUUGCAGCUCAAGGACAAUCAGCUAGUGGAUUUAUGGCCAGACUGCAAGAGCUCAUCGCUCAGAUUCGAAUUGCAGAGCGAUGA